CAAAGAAACCGUCGAUAGAAACAAAACAAAUUUUAUUUAUAUUGCAUAGUAUUUUAUGGAACUGACCUACAGCUGUUAAUGAAUUAGAUGCUGUUUUAAUUAGUCAUCUGUUGAAACAUGGUUUAUUUUUUAAAGUGAUGACUGUCUCAAGAAUAAUGUUUAGGCACAUACUUUCAUCCUGCCGUACUGCAUUUUAAUAUCAGUGUCCCACUAAUUUAACUAUGAUCCCGAGGACUGGAAUGUCUCCUGCGUAUUCUUUGGUACCCCCAAAACGUCUAACUGCGCUUUGGUUCGAAAAGAUGCGAUAUUGCCGCGUGGAUCUUGCAUUUGACUGAAAUUCGCCCAUGGACGAGAAUAAGGAAGCGGCAUACUGACCACGAAAUCAAGAGGAAUGAUUUGCCCCUUCGUGAAAAUUCUGACAACCUUAUUUGCUUGUUUCUUCGAGGCCACCAACUUCAGGGUGAUAAGUGCUAAGGAGCAUGACUCCAGAAUGUCAGGAAGAGGCUCCUCACUGACCAUGUCUCCCUCCGAUUUUCUGGACAAAUUAAUGGGCAGAACAUCAGGCUACGAUGCACGGAUCAGACCGAAUUUUAAAGGUCCUCCUGUAAACGUUACUUGCAAUAUUUUUAUCAACAGUUUCGGCUCCGUGACAGAGACAACCAUGGAUUACAGAGUGAACAUUUUCCUGAGGCAGCAGUGGAAUGACCCUCGGCUGGCCUAUAGCGAGUACCCGGAUGACUCGCUGGACCUGGACCCCUCCAUGCUGGACUCCAUCUGGAAGCCUGACCUGUUCUUCGCCAACGAGAAGGGCGCCAACUUCCACGACGUCACCACCGACAACAAGCUGCUGAGGAUCUUCAAGGACGGAAAUGUGCUCUACAGCAUCAGGCUCACUCUUAUUCUGUCCUGUCCAAUGGAUUUAAAGAACUUUCCCAUGGAUGUACAGACUUGUGCCAUGCAACUGGAGAGCUUCGGUUAUACCAUGAAUGAUCUGAUCUUCGAGUGGCUGCACGAGGGGCCGGUGCAGGUGGCCGAAGGCUUGACCCUGCCCCAGUUUAUCAUGAGGGAUGAAAAAGAGCUGGGCUACUGCACCAAACACUACAACACAGGUAAAUUCACUUGCAUUGAGGUGAAGUUCCACUUGGAGAGACAGAUGGGUUACUACUUGAUCCAGAUGUACAUCCCCAGCUUGCUCAUCGUAAUCCUGUCCUGGGUGUCCUUCUGGAUCAACAUGGACGCUGCACCUGCCAGGGUGGCGCUGGGAAUCACCACAGUGCUCACCAUGACGACACAAAGUUCAGGAUCCCGAGCCUCCUUGCCAAAGGUGUCCUACGUCAAGGCCAUUGAUAUCUGGAUGGCUGUGUGUCUUCUGUUCGUGUUCGCUGCGCUGCUUGAAUAUGCUGGAGUUAACUUCGUCUCCAGGCAACAGAAGGAAUUCCUCCGCUUGAGGCGAAGGCAGAGGCAACAUCACAAGGACAACGAGAUGAGGGAGAGCCGCUUUAGUUUCACAGGGUACGGCAUGGGCCAUUGCCUGCAGGUGAAGGACGGUACAGCAGUUAAGGCCCCAGCACCAAACCCUGCACCUCUACCCCCCAAGGACCCGGACAGCACGAAGAAAAAAUUUGUGGACAGGGCCAAGAGGAUUGACACAGUGUCCAGGGCUGCCUUUCCACUGGCUUUCCUCAUCUUCAACAUCUUUUACUGGAUUACCUACAAAAUCAUCAGGCACGAGGACAUCCGCAAAGAGUAGCUGCUCCACUCCACAGGACCUGUCAGACUGACAUCUGAGACAACCCAUGAGUCAAAACAAAAUGUCUUUUUUGUGAAAACUAUACUGAGACUUAACAGAGUGACUGGGAGGGGCACUGUCAUGUUAUGUAAUGUCUUCUUAGGAAUAGAAGAGCCGAUCUCUUCCAUAGUAUAGAAAAAAAUGUACAUAUGUGCAUAAAUUUGGAAAUAAGUGACUAAAUAUUGAAAAAAAACAAGCAUGUAUUUAUUAUUCAUGGUUAUUUCCUGAAGGCUGCAAAAUUGUUUUGAUGACACAAAACAUACUGUUUAUAGCUGAGAUAAACUGAGGUAACAUG